AUGAUUAUCAGCCCCUAUUAUCAACAUCUCUCUGCUCAAUGUGAGUUGCGAAUUUUAUAUCGUCUGUAUGGCGAUCAAAACGCAGCUUUGAUGGUAACGAGCCAACAUCGAGCUUUAAGUGAUUCAACGAUAUACGCUGAUUCUUAUGAUUAUGACGAUGAGACGGAAUGGACAAGGCCUACGUUGCAUUCCACGUUUAAAGCGCAAAACAAUAAUGUUGAAACAUGGAAGGAAGCAAAUGUUCAUAUCGGUCAGAUCAGCCAUCCUACACGAAUCAGGAUCGAAUGUCAUUCCAGGGCAAGUUCUACCAAUGGACCAUCCAAAGAAAAUACAGAAUGCUAUAUUGACGAUAUUUCAAUGAUUAAAUGUGAAGAAGAGAUUUGGUACGAAAAUGUUUGUCAGUCUAAUAAAACUAAAAAGUAUUUGUGUCACAAAUAUGAACAUCGAAAAUGCAUUGAUUAUGAUCAGAUUUGUGAUAUGAGUGCAGAUUGUCCAGGAGCUGAAGAUGAGCAAACAAAUUUGCAUAAUUGCACUUCGGUCCCAGUCGGUGCUCGCUGUACAUUUGAAGAUCUUAGUGAGGCGAAAAGCGGUUGCGCAGGAUGGCGACUAGAAACCUAUUAUGUUCAUAAUAGCCGGAAGGUUGAUAACGAUGAGCAUCUUUUUCAACUCGUAAAUUCUGCUCUCGCAAGCAAAAAGUUCUCCUCAAAUCAUAUUCCACUCAGAGAUCACACUUUUUUGCAUACGAAUGAUAGUGGCCAUUUUUUAUAUUUCACUUCGGAGGAUAAUCAAGAACGAUAUAGUUUUACAGACACCAAAUCUACUUAUUUAAUAUCACCAUAUUUUCCACCCACGAGCAGUAUAUUACUAAAUUCAGUUUAUCCUUUGGCUAGUACCUGCAAAGUUCGAUUUUAUUACUGCUCUUAUGGAAGCGCUAUUUCCACGUUACAAUUAACUGUACAUUCGACUAGUGAUCAACCAGCUAAAAUAAUUUGGACCCCUCCAUCUAUUACUUUUGCUGAUCAACACCAUCACUGCGAAUGGAUAAAAGUCUCAAUUGAUCUACCUGAGCAGAAAAGUGAUUAUUAUUUAAAAAUAAGUGUUAGCAAAAUAUUUGAUUCAUCAGUCAGUUUUGCAAUUGAUGAUUUUUCAAUGUCACCGGACUGCUUCACAACUGGAGAUUCAUGGCGUACACACUUUAUACCUUACGUGUAUAAUAUAACUAGUUGCGGGCAGUAUGGAGCAAGCCAGCCAACUUCGGAUUUAUGUGAAAGCUAUUAUAAUCAAAGUACCACAAAAGCAAUUUUAAAAAAUAGUACUUCAAGCGGGUUUCAAAAAUGGAUGGCACCCAAAACUGCUGAAUACAGAUUUGAGGUAUAUGGUGCAUCUGGUGGACAAAUUCCUAGACAGACUGUCAAUAAUUACGGAGGUCAUGUGAUUAUGAUUGUAAAUUUGACGAUUGCCACAGAAUUAGACAUCUUAGUUGGACAAAUGGGUGAAACUCCUUGCAGUCAACUAAAAGUUUAUCCAAAUUAUUUGAAAAGUCAUCAGUAUGAAGCACUCAAAUAUUUAUGCAAAAAAAGUGAUACAUUAUGGAAUGACGAUACAGCUCGCACACACGGAGUAAUGUUUCCUGGUACUGGUGGUGGUGGAGCAACAAUCAUCAAAAAUAACGGUAAAAUAAUGGUUGUAGCCGGUGGUGGAGGUGGCAUAUUUCCAGAGCAAGUUAUUGAACUCGAAAAACCAAAUAUUGACCCAAAAGGAGGAAAUCCAUUAAAAGGAAACAAAAAUCAAAAUCUGUCGCACAUUUAUCCUUUUGUAAGCCAAAAGCCAGAUGUCAUUUGGAUGUCUGGAAAUGGUGCAUCCUUGUUUCCAACAAAGAAAAAAGAAGAAAAGUGCGAGAAUUGCAAUGAUAUGAGCGGACGACUAACGAACAACUCAUCUUCAGGAGGUGUUUGUUCAGCAUUGUCAGCUUGGAAAGUGGCAGGUGGAUAUGGAGGUGGUGGUGCAUCUUGUGGACCUGGUGGUGGUGGUGGGGCUGGUUAUGAAGGUGGAGAAGGUGGACAAAAAUAUCAUGGAAUUGGUGGAAAAAGUUUUGCACUUGACAAAAAUGCCAUUAUUGUGCCAGGUAUUAAUAUUGGCAAUGGCUAUGUGCUUAUUUAUCCAUGCCGGUUGCAAUGUUCCGCAAAUGCUACCUGUCGAUUCCGCUCUAACAAUAUAAAUGAUAUUUCAAUGUUUUGCGCAUGUCCAAAUGGUCGAGCUGUAGGCGAAUUGGAAGAUUGUAUUUUUGGUAUAUAUUUUCGAAGAAGACUGGAAAAGACAAAACUAGAAAAAGCCGUAUUAAACCGCGAAAUUGGAUUGUGCGCGCUAGAGCCUACUACACCAGUGAAUAUUUCUGGAAAUCCAAUUUAUGAAUCAUUCGGGGUUUGCGCUGAAUUGCAGCAUAUCCCUCGUGCACAUGUCAAUUUAAUUAGGCCACUCGGGCAAGGUGCUUUUGGUGAAGUAUUUGAGGGAAGCUUGAAUUUCGGUAAUGAAAUAAUCCAAGUAGCCGUCAAAACUCUCCCGAAAUCAGCAUCUAAACAAGCACUUAACGAUUUUGAGAUGGAAGCGCUUAUUAUGAGUAAAUUUCGGCAUGAAAAUAUUUGUGAACUUAUGGGAGUUUGCUUUGACAUAACACCAAGACUUAUUAUUUUGGAAUUAUUAUCUGGUGGUGACCUGAAAUCAUUUUUGCGUGAAUGCCGACCUAAAACUCUGAAAGAUCAGAGAAUCCAAAUGGUUGAUUUGCUAAAUAUGGCUCGAGAUGUCGCAAAAGGAUGCAAAUUUUUAGCUGAUAAUCGCUUUAUCCAUCGGGAUAUCGCUGCUCGUAAUUGCUUGCUUACUAAAAAAGAUACAGGACGUAUUGUAAAAAUAGCUGACUUCGGCAUGGCUCGAGAUAUCUACAGGCAAGAUUAUUAUCGGAAAGGUGGUAGAGCAAUGCUACCUGUAAAAUGGAUGCCACCUGAAGCUUUUCUUGAUGGUAUUUUCACUGUAAAGACUGAUGUAUGGUCGUUUGGGGUAUUAAUGUGGGAGAUUUUCUCACUUGGAUAUAUGCCUUAUCCAGGAAGGAAUAAUCAAGAGGUAAUGUCACUUAUUGUUAAUGGAGGACGAUUGGAGCCUCCAAAUGGUUUGCCUGAUCAAAUCUAUGCGUUAAUGUUGAAUUGUUGGAAUACUGCUGAUACUGAUCGGCCACAUUUUGAUGUGAUAAUUGAUGCUUUAGAUGCUAUGCUUCAAAAUCCAAUCAUGCAAAGGAUGCCUUCACCAGUGAUUAUCCAUCGAUUAUCUCAAUCACAAUCAUUUACUACUUGUCGAGAUUCAGAAUCAUCAGAUAAUCCUAUAUCGGCAAAUGAAACAAUAUCUCAAAAUGCUUAUUCUAGGAGUACCAUGAAUACUAUGUUAAAUUCAUAUUCUGAACAUGCUGCAGCUAGCAGUUGUGAUCCGUUACCAACUAAAGAAAAUGGAAUCAACUUCAAUAUUUGCACACCUUAUCAGCCACAAUCCUCAGAACCAUUCUGCAUCCAAGAUAGAUUACCAUUGCAAUCCUCGGGAACAGCGGGGUGGAUUAAUGAUCAACUCCCAAGUGGGAGUUCUGAAACAUGCUCAGUUGGUAGUUAUGGCUGCAUGAAGAAAGCAACCGAAGGACAGGUUUUGUCAAGAAAAACACUCCAAGAAGCCGCAGCAGGAUCUCGUAGACCUGUAAUUGACACGGAUUUUUGCGACAAUCAGUCUAAUGAGAGUGAUUAUGCAAAUGCCAUCCGAACUGAAGCAAUGUCAUUGCUAGAAAAACGAUAUCCUCUACCGCAAGUUGCGCAUAGACUUCCCAUAUCACCUAUAGCUGAUAAAUUUGAGCCUUCUGAUGCAAUUGAUUCGGUCAGAUCUUCAAAUUCACUAAUUGAUCAAUCAGUACAUCAAAAUUAUAUGAAUCAAAGUCAGAUUUUAUAG